AUUCCAAUUCUACCUGAAGGCAGCACACUUCCUUGUCUCGAACACAAACCAGCUGCGGACUGAGUGUCUGUCGACGGCAUUACAGUCAGCACUGUCGUGCGGCAAAUAACGUCCUUAAAAUAUACUUAAUAUCUAAAACAGUAUUCAUUCACUGGUCGUUUAAGGUACAAAAUAGACAUGGUCGCGUUAAGUCCAGACUGCGUCUUCAGCUGAGAAAAGUCAACAAACGGCACGCGCGAGCGAGCCUCUGCCAGACUCCUAUCCGCCCACCAGCAGCCUUUCUCGGCCACAUUGUGCUCGUCACCCCGGUGUUUGCUGCUGGUGGUGGCGGCCAGCUUUCUAUGGCGGGCCCGAUGGAAGCCGUCCGGGACACCGUGGAUGACGGCGAACAGGAGCCUGUCAACGACGCCGAGCUGGCCCUGAAAGGGAUCAAUAUGCUUCUCAACAAUGGAUUCAAGGAGAGCGACACGCUGUUCAGAGCCUACAGGAACCACAGUCCUCUCAUGAGCUUCGGGGCCAGUUUUGUCAGUUUCCUGAAUGCCAUGAUGACCUUUGAAGAGGAGAAGAUGCACUUGGCCUCCGAGGACCUCAAAGCGACAGAGAAGCUGUGCGAGAGCGAAAACGCCGGCGUCAUCGAAACCCUCAAAAGCAAAAUCAAGCGCACGGCGGACUCUCGGAGGUCGGGAGUGGUGGCUUUGGAGCGACUCCAGAGGCAGAUCAUCAUUGCUGACUGCCAGGUUUACCUCGCUGUGCUGGCUUUUACCAAACAGGAGCUGUCAGCGUACAUCAAAGGAGGUUGGAUCCUGCGUAAAGCCUGGAAAGUCUACAACAAAUGUUACGGCGACAUCACCCAGCUGCAGGAGCGUGGCAGGGGGACGGCCUCCCAGCAGCAAGCGCUGUCUUCCCCGUCAUCUUCCUCACAAUCCUCGCCGGGACGCGGUCCUUCUCACAGGCUGGACGGCAUCAGCGCCGAAACCCUGGACCGGCUGAAAGGCUCGGUCAGCUUCGGCUACGGCCUCUUCCACCUGUGCAUCUCCAUGGUGCCGCCGCACCUCCUCAAGAUCGUCAACCUGCUGGGCUUCCCCGGCGAUCGCCUGCAAGGCCUGUCGGCGCUCACCUACGCCAGCCAGAGUCAGGACAUGAAGGCCCCCUUAGCGACCUUGGCUCUCUUGUGGUACCACACAGUAGUGCAGCCAUUCUUUGCCCUGGACGGCAGCGACACACACUCAGGCCUGGUGGAGGCCAAAGCCAUUCUUCAGCAAAGAGAGACCAUCUAUCCCAACUCCUCGCUCUUCAUGUUUUUCAAAGGCAGAGUUCAGCGUCUGGAGAGUCAGAUCAGCAGCGCCCUGAAAUCCUUCAGCACUGCCUUGGAGCUGGCUGCAGAGCAGCGUGAGAUCCAGCAUGUGUGUUUGUAUGAAAUGGGUUGGUGCAACAUGAUCCAGCUCAACUACUCGGAGGCUUUCAGAGCCUUUGAGCGUCUGAAAAACGAGUCCCGCUGGUCUCAAUGUUACUAUGCCUACUUGACCGGAGUGUGCCAAGGAGCCAUGGGCGACCUGCAGGGGGCGCUAACCGUCUUCAAGGAUGUUCAGAAACUUUUUAAACGCAAGAACAAUCAAAUAGAGCUCUUCUCCAUGAAGAAGGCGGAGAAGUUGAAGAGCUCCAGUCUGUCCAAAGAACUUUGUAUCCUGUCAGUCAUUGAGAUUCUGUAUUUGUGGAAAGCGCUCUCCAACUGCUCCUCUACCAAACUACACGCCAUGAUGCAAGUCCUUCAGGCGAUUGACGACGCCUCAUGUGCGGGGCUGAAAAACCUGCUUCUGGGCGCCGUGAGCAAAUGCCUCCAUAACAGUGAAGAUGCCAUUGAGUAUUUCCACCUGGCUUCAUGUGAUGAGGUGGGCCUGCUGAGCAACUCGUACGUGCAGCCUUACUCCUGCUAUGAGCUGGCAUGUGUGCUCCUCCACAACUCUGAGUCUGCAGCCAAAGGCCAUAUAUUGAUGCUCCAGGCAAAGGACGAUUAUGCAGGUUACGACUUUGAGAACAGGCUUCAUGUUCGCAUCCACUCUGCUCUUGCUUCCACGCGAGCUGCAGCUCAACCCAAACAUCAGCAAUGACACUCUGGACAAUAUUUCAUGUUACAUUUUUUAAUGUCUUUUUAUGUUGGUUUUCUGAGCCAAAAAGCAGCACAACACUUUC